AUGCCGUCUCUCUCGGAAUUCCCCGUUUCUAUCCGCGUCUCCGAUGAAGAGCGGGACUCGGGCGUAUUAUCCGACCACCACCUGUACGACGUCGUCGAAGCCUUCUUUAACGACGGAUUCGUCGUUCUGGAGAACGCGGGGCGGAAUGACAUGAUCGAUAACUUGAACGAACGAAAUGCUCCAGGAUACGGAGAAGCUCAUGGCGGUCCUCUGAAUAACAAAGUGGCCAAGAAGGGGGCCAAGGCCGGCGGAAACCUCUCUCAAGUACCGCCUCUGGAGAAAGGUGGGUCCAUUACCUCUUUCACAGCUGCGCGUAUCGUAUACCUAUUUAUGGACAACCCUAAGCCUGGUGCAGAAUGGUUGCGUCCUGAAAUUUUCGCCAACAAACACGCCGCCCAACUCAUCUACUGCAUCCUCGGCCCUAAGCCCGAGAUUCACUUCCUCUGCUCGAACACCCUUUUGAACAAUAACGACCGCCAGCGUGUUCACUCGGACAUGCGGUUUGAGCACCCCACUCACCCUUUGCCAUUACCCAGUCCUCCACCCCGAGGUCUGGGAAAAGAUUGCACAUGUCAAGACCGCCAAAGGGUACUAGGGCAAUCAAUGGAAAAGAUGAAAGCGACAAAGUGA